GGAUUGAAUAGAUGAUUGAAAGAAGCCCCCAAGCAACCUCCUCCUCCCCCUCCGCCUUCCACCGACGCCCAUCCCUGAUUCUCAUAAUAAUUCUUAAUCAGAAUAAAAAGGAAGAAAGUAUUAGCUUAAUUGCAUGAAGAAUGGGGAACUGUGUGUUCAAAGGGUUUGGACAGGUUGAAGAAAUGAUCAAAGUGGUGACUUCCAAUGGUGGGAUCAUGGAGCUCUACGCACCCAUCACUGCCGAGAACAUCACCAAUGAGUUCCCGGGCCACGCCAUCUUCCGAAGCCCUGACCUCUUCUCCCAGCCUCUCCUCCACAGCGAGGAGCUUCACGCCGGAGAAUUAUACUAUCUCCUUCCCCAGAACGCAGGGCGAGUCGGCACAGUCAGUGAAACCAAGCUCAGUGACAACACAUCUACUUCGUCUCUCAUCACGCCAUACCGCAUGUCGUUUGACAACCAAGGGUUGGUGAAGAGAUCGUAUCCGGAAGUGUUCCCGAGGUACAGCAGCACGGGAGUGUGGAAGGUGAAGCUGGUGAUAAGCCCGGAGCAGCUGUCGGAGAUAUUGUUGCAGGAGUCCCGGACAGAGGCGUUGAUCGAGAGCGUAAGGACUGUGGCCAAGUGCGGUAAUGGGGUUUCAUCGAUGGCCAGUUCAGAUCAAUGGAGUGUUGCCAGUAGUUGGAAGGGGUCUUCAGAGAAGAAUGGGGGAGAUGUUUAGCGAAUAUAUCAUUUGUAUUUUCUGACUUUAAUUUAUUUUCUCUCUUAGAAUUAAUGCUAUUUAUUAUGUUCUUCAUUGAGAUAUUGAUAUAUAUCCAUGUGAAUUGUUUAAUCGAAACCUUUUCUUUUUCCUUU